AUGCAAGUCAUUAUGCUUAUACCUUUGACAAAUUUGGGAUAUGGGUUUCAGGUACUCUGCAUUUGUUUUGGCCGAGUAGUUCUAAACUUGAGAUUGCUGAAAAUGAAGAGGCAAAUGGAGAAAUCUAAGUCAUGUGAGAAGAUUCUCACAGUCACCGUUGAUAAUGCUUCGUCAAAUGAUGUUGCAUUGAAGGAGUUGAGUAAGAGGAUAGGUGAUUGGGGUGUCCCUAAUGCACUUUUGCAUGGAGGGAAGAAUUUACAAAUGAGGUGUGUCGCCCAUAUUCUUAACUUGAUUGUCAAUGAUGGGUUGAGUGUGAUGAAGAUAUUCAUUGGUGCCAUUCGCAAUGCGGUGAGGUAUGUUAGAUCAUCCCCACAAAGGCUUGAUUUUUUUAAGGGAUGUGUUGAAAGGGUGAAACUAGAGUGCAAAGGGCUUGUGAUUUUGGAUGUCCCUACUAGGUGGAAUUCCACAUUCUUGAUGUUGGAACGAGCUUUGACCUUCCAAAAAGCUUUUGAUAGAAUGGUGGAAGAAGAUGCGGGUAAUUUUUGGGCAUGGCUCCAAGGUGACAAGGGUGAAAAGCCAAAAGAAGGGCCACCGGCAAGUGUUGAUUGGCAAUAUGGGGAGCAAUUUGUGGAUUUCUUGAGACCAUUUUAUGAAAUCACUUUGAAGGUAUGUUGUUCUAAUUCUCCUACCGUUCAUAGUACUUUUGGUGAUAUACUCUCUAUUUAUGGUCUCUUGCAAGAACAAAAAAAUCCAUGUUUGUCUGAGAUUGCAUCACCCAUGCAAGACAAGUUUCUCAAGUAUUGGGGUAGCUUUGAUAAGUUGAAUCAUUAUCUAUUCAUUGCUAUUGUUCUUGAUCCACGUCAUUUUGUUGACUAUUUUGAGAUUCUUGAUGAUGGGGAUAUGGAUGAAAAUGUGGAAGCUAACACAAAGAGUGUGAAGGAUCUUUUGUAUGACCUUUACAAGGUGUAUGAGGAAGAGGGAAGGGAAAGUGGUGUUGGUGAGGUUGGUGGUUCUCAAGUAUCAAGUGAGGCUCAAUCUAGUUCAACUAAGGGUCUAACGGAGUUAGAAAAGAGAUUGAAAGAGAAGGAGCAAAGGAGAAGAGCAAAGAAAGCCGAGAUCGUAAACAACGAUGUGGAUAAAUAUCUUAGAUAUCCUAUUGAAAGAGAUGGUGUGUCACACCCCAACUCAGGGAUUUUUUAUUUUAUUUUUAUUGAGUUGAAGGUAUGA